AUGAACGCUGGCACAUUCGCUGACGAGCUAAGCGCUCUGGAGCUGGUCUACGGAAGCGAGUCGGUGGAGUUCUCCGCAGAAACGAGGACGUUGCGGGUGCACUUGCCGAGCAGCUCGAGUCCUUUUGGGUUAACGCUUACUUGUCACGUGCCAGAUGGAUAUCCUGAAAAGGUUUCUCUCUCCUGUUCUGACUUGCGUCUAACAGCAGACUGGCUCCCAGCACCCAAACUGGAGUCGAUGUUGCGAUCCGUGUGCGCAGACCUUGACCUUCAUGGUAGUCGUAGAGCAGAUGCACUUGAACAGCAAGCUGGGGUCAUCUGUUCGAUAGCCUCUGUGCUCUAUGAAUCGCGUCAAAGCGUGCUUCACGAUGAGCAGUUGCAGUGUACUCAGCACUGGGACACCAGCACCCAGGGCGUCGUUUCGGAUCCGGGGUAUACGGAAAGCGCACCACUUGACAGGCCACAGUCGGAGUCGCCGGAGCGGAACAAGCCUGAAAACAGGCAGAAAAGGACAUCAAGCAACGUCCCAGCGUCCGAGUUGGUCACUGGAAUAACCGCUUCCAUACCUGAUUCGCAGCGUGCAACCGCCUGUGAGCAGGACGUUACAUCUCCGGGCCCGAGCGAGGUCGUACGACUUGUGUCGUCGGAACCAAUCACGGAACGCAAGUCGACAUUUCAGGGCCACGCCGCUCGGAUCAUGUCGAGCUCCGCUGCAGUGCUGUGUCUACAAUCGCUGCGACAGCACCGCAAAGGCCGACAAGCAACGCACCUGAGCUGGGCAUUUCGGAUCAUGGGCGACGACCAGCACAUUCACGAAGACUACUGCGACGAUGGUGAGCAGCGAGCCGGCCGGGUCGUUUUGGAGCUGUUGCGGAGUAUGAACCAGCAUAAUAUCUUUAUCUGCGUCUGUCGCUGGUUUGGCGGGGUUUUGCUCCACGAGCGGCGCUUCCACUGCAUUCAGUUGGCAGCGAAACGAGCAGCGUUGGCGUUGCUAGAAACAGAGAGAGCAGCACCAUCUCUAGUAGCGAGCCGGCAGUGA